CUUCCUCCACUCCGCUGCCCUCUGACCUUCGCCACCACUCUCGUCCUCCUCGUCCUCCAGCUGCUCCCCACCUCUUCUCAUCUCACUCAUACCGUUUCCCCGCUUCUCGAACGCGCCUAAUCCCCCUCCUCGCUUUCCCGCUUUGCUCUGCACCAUCACCGCCUCCCCCUCCAUCAAUCAAUCUCACCCGCAGAGCUCGACGUCAUCGACUCUGUGUGGGGUUUUCUCCUCAUCUCGGCUUGUCACGGAAUCCCCCUCGCUCCUCUCAUCCCCGCCCGGGUCGGCUCUUUUGGCCCAUUUCUGAACCUCACGGUCGAGUCACAACUCCCCCGUUCACGCCGCUUUUUCUUCAGCCCUCAUUUCGUCCCUCUCUUCCACCCAGUCCUCCUCCCUCACUUCACCGCUUUCUCUCUCCAACUGGAUUUCCUCGACCAGCCAAGAUGCUUGAGAAGAUGUCGAGGCGGAACCGCUCCGUCCUGUCCCUGUCCCUCACCUCGCUGGCGCUGACCCUGUCCGUCUCGGCUUUCUGCACCUCCUACUGGUGCGAGGGGACGCACAAGGUGGUCAAGCCGCUGUGCCUGUCGCCGGUCAAGAUGAAGAACUGCGGGCAGAAUAACAGCCAGCCGUACACCACAGAGGCGCCCACUCCCGAUCCAAAGAACCCGGCGCCGAACGUGACCCUGUCCCCCCUGCAGAAGGAGGAGCUGGCCAGGAUCAGGAGGAAGCAGCUGGCCAACGCCGUGCAGUACAUCUGGGAGACGGGCGAGGAUAAGUACAUGCUGCGCUACUUCCACACCGGCUUCUGGCUGUCCUGUGAGAAGCACAACGAAGGUGACGACCAGGAGGAAAAGUGCCGGAGCUUCAUUGAGCUGACGCCAGGAGAGACACAAGGCGUCCUGUGGCUGUCGGUGAUCAGUGAGUUCACGUACAUCGGCCUGCUGGCCAUGGGCUUCCUGCUGAUGUGCGUGGAGGUGAUGUGUCUCUGCGCCAGGAAGGAGAUGAUCGCCCUCAAGAUCAACGCCUUCGCCGCCAUGUGCACCGUCCUCUCAGGUAUGAUGGGGAUGGUGGCGCACAUGAUGUACACCACAGUGUUUCAGAUGACUGUCAGCAUCGGGCCCAAAGACUGGAGGCCGCAGACGUGGGACUACGGCUGGUCCUUUGCCAUGGCGUGGCUGUCGUUCAGCUGCUGCAUGGCGGCCGCCGUGGCAACGCUCAACUCCUACACCAAGACCAUCAUCGAGAUGAAGCACCGCGCCCGCAUGCGACUGGAGGAGGCCCGCGCCGCCGCCCGCGCACCCUCCUACGACGAGGUGGUGCAGGCCGCCGGGGGGGGCGUUUACUCCGUCAGCCAGCUGAUCCAGCUGGGCCAGCAGGGGGCGCUGCUCGACCCGCUGUGGCCCCGGGGGGUGGGGCCUGCCGUCGGACCUCUGGCCUGCGGCGCUGGGGGGGCGCUGCUGGUCGGAGGAGGAGGAGUUGGAAUGGGAGUGGGAGGAGUAGCAGGGAUGGGAGUAACAGGGAUGGGAGGAAUUGGACUGGGAGGAGUGGGAGGACUGGGAGUCGGAGGACUGGGAGGAGUGGGAGUGGGAGGACUGGGAGGAGUGGGAGUGGGAGGAGGAGGAGGAGGGAAGCUAGCUGACCCUCAUGGCGUGGUGGUGGUGGAGGGAUGUGAGGACUGUGAGAGGGAGAUGGAUGAGAUAGAUUACGCUCUUCAGGAGGAGAGGGAGGACUCCCUCUGCUGAGACUGUGUGUGUGUGUGUAUGUGUGUGUGUGUGUGUGUGUGUGUGUGUGUGUGUGAGGGGCAGGGGGCCUGAGCCUGGCUACCUGUGUGCUUUAUAUUUUAAACAGCACGUCAUGCCGGGCUUCCUACGGGUCGAGGAGUUUCUGAGAAGUCUUGGGAUAAGGCACAGAAUAUCAUGGAAUUUUGCCAGUCUCAUUUUUAUAAAAAAAAAAAAAAGUUAUUCACCAAUCUUAAUAUUUAUCCUUUAUUAUUUUCAUGUGAUGUUCAUUUUCCCUACACAAUAAAACAGGAUAAGAAGUGGGUCUAAAAUUUGGUGAGGAAAAUAAACAACAACAACAACAACAACAACAAAAAACAUGUUAAAUUCAUAUAAGCCACAGAAAUUCAUAGAAAUUCAACAUUUUAUUCAUGUAAAGUCAUGGAAAAAUCUGGGAAUUUCACCUUUGACAGACUGGGAACUCUGAUAUAUGGUUUUGUUUUUUUUUUUUUUGUUUUUUUUUUCUUAAUUCUGCCAAGACUUGAACAUUUACAGGAUAGUUGGGGCGACAGUCAGUAAAAAGAUGAUUUACUGAUGUCAGACUGAUUCACAUUUCUGCAAAAAGUUUUUCUCAAAACAA